GCAUGCAGUGAUGCAUGCAGCAGUAAAUGCUACACUAAGAAACGAUUGAGUCUAAGAAACAACCAAAUGUAGUGCAUUAUCUUACUGCUCUAUAUUUGGUAUUAGACCUUGCAAAUGAAGGCAAUGGUACCAGAUGCACUUCAAGAAACUUUUGUGCCUCUUUGUGCUUAUUUUCACGACACUCCUCGUCCUGUGGACGUUCCGUGAUUAUUAUGGCUCAUAUAUUUAUACGAGCGACGAGAAACUAAAGCCAGUAAAAUCCAAAGAAAAUCAGAAUAUGAUUUCGCCGCAUGAAGCACACAUUUCCAGUUCCAACGAAGGAAAGUUCAAAAGGAAAGUUCUCUUAGUGAUAGGAAUAGUAAGUGCACCAACUCGAGAGGAUCGCAGAAAAGCCAUUAGGCAAACUUGGAUGAAUGAUGCUUGCAAGAAGAAACCUAACGUUGUCUGCCGUUUUUUCACUGAUAGUUUAUCAAAUAUGGAUCGCAAAUGGAAAGGAAUAUUGACUGAAGAACACUCAAAGUACAACGACAUUGAGUUCAUGACUGUACCUCGUGGUCUUAACUUUGGCUUGAGGAUGUUAUGGCUGAUUGACUGGUCCAUUAGUAAUUAUGACUUUGAUUUUCUUCUCCGACUAGAUGAUGAUUAUUUGGUUUGUCUAGAGAGACUAGUCAAUGAACUAAAGACAAGAAAAGCACUAAGGCUUUACUGGGGAUAUUUCCAUUGUAUGCAAGAAGGGCAGGUGAGGGCGGAUGAAGCAUUCCUAAUGCUCUCCAAAGAUGUCAUUAAAAGUAUCCUGCAACACAGAGAUGAUUUAUUCUGCAGUCCCUUCGGGGACCAAUCUGUUGCCAUGUGGAUGAAACGGAUUGAUCACGUGAUUUAUUUUCAUGAUACUCGCCUUCUACACGAAGGAAUGAAGUCUGGGAAAUACGCUACUGAUCAGCUUUGUCAAUCUUACAUUGGCGUUCAUAACGUAUACCCCAGUAAUGCAUUUGAAAUAUGGAAACAAUUUAGAUUACAAAAAAAAGUUAUAUAUGAUGUUCCAGAAAUCAUUCCCUUUAACAAGCUUUGUAAAUACUCAAAACUAUUUGACUGGAGGAACAUGGAGGAAGAAUACAGGUUUAAACCAGAUCGAUGUAUCAAUGAACCGGUUUGGAAACACAUUAAAAUGUGGGGAGGUAAGGGAAAUAGAGCAGAAGUACCGUGGUAUAAGAGAAAGAUAAUUAGGAGUUAAUGAAUAAAUAAUUCAUUAAUAACUAGUCGUAACCCCAGGCUAUGAAAUGCUGGCAACAGGCAGUGGAACGACCAAUGUGUAAUUUUUUUCCCUGCUACCUGUGGUAUUAGGUAGUAGAGCUUUUGCUGUUAAUUACGAGCAAGCACGCAAUCAUUUGUGCUAAAAAGUCAGUCAAUAAAACGUAAAUACAAUCAUUUGCACCAUUUCCAUACCCAAUUGAGUGCUGCGAAUAUUCAAUAACAAAAUUAAAAUUCAUGAACAUUCAUUUACGUUCUUAGCAAUUCGUUUUGUCCUAAGACAAAYRAUUUCGAAAAAUAAACUAACAAUAGCAUGAAUGCUACUGCACCAAUAAGUUCCAAGGAAUAUUCAUUAAAAACAAUAGACAUUCA